CAGAGUCAUGCUGUGUGUGGAGGUUUCUGCGCCUCAAAUCUGCUUCAUUAUCACGAGUUAUCGCGAGAGACGAGCGGGGCUAUAAAGUCCCGGGUGGGAAACGCGAGGUCGCGCACUCCUCUCUCCUCCUGCCUGAGUUCGUGUGGUCCAACCUGAGUCAAUCUGAAGAUGGCAGCAGGCAAUGCCCGAAUUGGAAAGCUGGCCCCAGACUUCACAGCCAAAGCGGUGAUGCCAGAUGGAACGUUCAACGAUCUGACACUGUCCAGCUACAGAGGGAAGUACGUUGUCUUCUUCUUCUACCCACUGGACUUCACCUUUGUAUGUCCGACCGAAAUCAUCGCUUUCAGUGAUGCUGCUGAACAGUUCAAGAAAAUCGACUGUGAGAUCAUCGCUGCCUCUGUGGACUCACACUUCUCCCAUUUUGCAUGGACCAACACACCACGUAAGCAGGGCGGUCUGGGUUCCAUGAAGAUUCCCCUGGUAGCUGACACACGGCGCACCAUCUCCACAGAUUACGGCGUCCUGAAGGAAGAUGAGGGCAUCGCCUUCAGGGGUCUGUUCAUCAUUGACGACAAGGGCGUCCUGAGACAGAUCACCAUCAACGACCUCCCGGUGGGACGAUCGGUAGAUGAGACCUUGCGUCUGGUCCAAGCCUUUCAGUUCACCGACAAGCAUGGAGAGGUCUGCCCAGCCGGCUGGAAACCAGGAAGUGACACCAUCAAACCUGACAUCCAGAAGAGCAAAGACUUCUUCUCCAAGCAGAAAUGAGCCCAAAGCCAGAGUCUGCUGUCUGCUGUAGGAGGUUUCAUUUAGAGAUUACAUUUCCCAAGAACAAUAUUUAAGUCAACUGUUGUGCCUGUGAAGAGGAGGCAGGUUGUUGUGUUUUGUCAACGUGAUGAUGUGUGGGUUCCACUGUGUGUAGAGCAAAUACUGGUAGUGCACUUAUGACCAAAGUAUAUCAUUUUGUAAUAAUACUGUGCCAAUGUGUUCUUUUGUCCCUGCCUGACUGUGCUCAAUGUUUGUUCUUUCAUAUCUGUCCUUACUGUUGUGUGAGAUACAAAGGACCAUACAAACAUUUUUAACCGAAAAGAAGCCACAAACACCUCUUUCAAUAAUGUUGAACCAAUUUGUAAGUUGAAUAACAAACGCUCUAUAAUCAAAAUAAAGAAAACAGUGUACAACCCUU